AGCUUCCGCCAGCGUACGCGACUUCAUAGAGAAAAGCAACAUCGAAUUUAUUCUCUUGGGACAGUCGAAUAAUUUGAACAAGAAAUAAUGUAUCCUCAUUGUAUUACAAACUCUCAGAUUUCUCUGUGUUAAAAUUUAUCCAGCAGAUUAUGAAGGCCCUUAUUCUGGUUGGUGGGUUUGGGACCCGUUUGAGGCCACUCACACUGAGUGUGCCCAAACCCCUUGUUGAUUUUGGCAAUAAGCCCAUGAUUUUGCAUCAGAUCGAGGCUCUCAAACUUAUUGGAGUCGAUGAGGUUAUAUUGGCUAUCAAUUACCAGCCCGAGAUAAUGCUGAAUUUUUUGAAGGAGUUUGAAGCCAAGCUUUGCAUUAAGAUAUCAUGCUCUCAGGAGUUUGAACCAAUGGGCACUGCUGGGCCUCUGGCCCUUGCCAGAGACAAGUUGAUAGACGAGUCUGGUGAACCCUUCUUUGUACUAAACAGUGAUGUCAUCUGUGAAUUUCCACUGAAGCAGAUGGUUGAAUUUCACAGGAACCAUGGUGGGGAGGCCACAAUUAUGGUCACCAAGGUUGAUGAGCCUUCAAAGUAUGGUGUUGUUUUGCUAGAUGAAGAAACUGGUCAAGUAGAGAGAUUUAUGGAGAAGCCCAAGAUCUUCGUUGGAAAUAAAAUUAAUGCUGGAAUUUACCUUCUAAAUCCCAGUGUACUGGAUAGGAUUGAGCUGAAACCAACUUCAAUCGAAAAAGAAGUUUUCCCUAGUAUUGCAAGUGAUAAGCAGCUUUAUGCCAUGGUUUUGCCUGGUUUCUGGAUGGAUAUAGGGCAGCCCAAGGAUUAUGUUGCAGGUCUGACACUUUACUUGGAAUCUCUUAGAAGAAACUUUUCUGAGAAAUUGUCACAUGGUGUUCACAUUAUUGGAAAUGUCAUUAUAGAUGAGAGUGCUCAGGUUGGUGAAGGAUGUUUGAUUGGGCCAGACGUUGCAAUUGGACCAGGUUGUGUGAUUGAGGCAGGAGUAAGGUUGUCUCAUUGCACAAUUAUGAGGGCGGUUAGAAUAAAAAAACAUGCAUGUGUCUCACAAAGCAUCAUUGGGUGGCAUUCAACAGUUGGUAAAUGGGCUAGAGUGGAAAACAUGACUGUGUUAGGGGAAGAUGUGCAUAUUUCUGAUGAAGUGUAUAGCAAUGGAGGUGUAGUGCUUCCUCACAAAGAAAUCAAAUCUAACAUCCUUAAGCCAGAAAUUGUUAUGUGAAAUUUCUGAGGAAGUUUCAACAACACUUAAUUCUGAGGAGAUUCCCUAGUUUAUUGUUAGAACUUUAGAAGUAGAGUGGCUACUGUCUUUCUUCUUCGUAUUUUGUAAAUCUGUCAUUUUUUUUUUUACCAUUGUCUGAAACGAUUGUCACUAAAGUCCUGCUAGUAAGUAGGACUGGCAAGUUUCUAUCUUAAUAAAAAUCACUUUGUCAA